UUUCGUUCCUCUACGCUCAGUAAUCUGACACCCAAAAGACUCUCUGCAGAAGGAUGGACCCUUAACUCCGCUGGAAGGACGGAAGGAAGAAACAGUCGAACAACGAGCUCAGACGAGAGGGACCGAGCAGAGGCGAAACGCUGUGCGCAAAAAACAACCCGUGGCUGCGGCGGCGGAGGAGAGCCGAGUGCCUGCGCGUCUCCAAAUAAGUGGCUGUCCGUCUCAAAUGAUCUCAAAGCGAAAAGUUUCACUUUCCACAGGCGGAUGGGUGACUUUCCACGGCGCUUUGUGAGGAGGAGAUGAUGAAGAAUUUCAGCAGCAGUCCCCUUCACAGCAACAACCAGACUCCCAACCACAUUAGAGAGCGCAACAACAAAAAGUACAGCUUACUCUCUGCUAUUCCGUUGCGACUUUCUCUGCGAGGUUAUGGUUUCUGCAUGGCUACGCUGUUCCUCUUCUGUUUCGGUUCCCUUUUUUACCAGCUGAACGGAGGACCCCCUAAAAUCCUGCUGGACAUCCGACAGUAUCUCGGUGAAUCCACGUUUCUGGAUGAUCACGGACCCCCUGCUCCAAGAGUGCUGCCGUUCCCCAGCCAGGUGGUGUAUAAUCGUGUGGGGAAGUGCGGCAGCCGGACGGUGGUCAUCUUACUGAGGAUACUGGCUGAGAAGCACCAGUUCAACCUGGUCUCCUCUGACAUCCACAACAAAACACGCCUCACCAAACAUGAACAGGUGGAUCUUAUGAAGAACAUCAGUAACAUCCCUCAGCCAUUCCUCUACACGCGGCAUGUUCACUUCCUCAACUUCACCAGGUUUAGGAUAGAGCAGCCGGUCUAUAUCAACAUCAUCCGGGACCCCAUCAACCGGUUCCUCUCCAACUACUUCUUCCGUCGCUUUGGGGACUGGAGGGGUGAGCAGAACCACCUCAUCCGCACUCCAGGAAUGAAGGAUGACGAGAGAUACCUGGACAUCAAUGUGUGUAUUCUAGAGAAUUACCCAGAGUGCUCCAACCCCAGAGUUUUCUAUAUCAUUCCCUACUUCUGUGGACAGCACCCCCAAUGCAGAGAGCCAGGAGUAUGGGCUCUGGAGAGGGCCAAACAGAAUGUGCUGGAGAACUACCUCCUUGUGGGUAUCCUGGAAGAACUGGAGGAUGUUCUGCUCCUGUUGGAGAGGCUCUUACCACACUACUUCACUGGAGUACUCAACAUCUACAAGAGCCCCGACUACAGGAAAAUGGGCAACAUGACUGGCACAGUACGUAAACACACACCUUCUCUGGAGGCCCUGCAGGUGCUAUACCACCGAAUGCGCUAUGAGUAUGAGUUCUACAACUUCAUCCGUGACCAGUUCCACCUAAUGAAGAAGAAGAUUGGCCUCAAAUCUGUCUCUAGACCCCCUGCCUACUCACCUGAUUUCCUGCGUGAGCUGGCCCUCCGAACACCGGAGCCUCUGGAUGAAGAUGAAGAGCUGGACACAGAGCUGGAGGAUGCCAACAGCUGGCUGGUUCAUGCCUAAGGGUUGCUUCAGUGGACAUAGCCAAUAGCUGAUUGGCUAGACUUGGCUGGAGAUGGCUGUAGGCAGCCUGAGGGUGAUGGGGAAUGUGCCCUAUCUGUCAGCAUUCCCAAGAAAAGUGAGGUGUGUUUGGGAGUGUGUGGAUUCUGAUGCUCGUGUUUUUACGGGCUCCGUUUUCCAUCUGCCAUAGACUCUCUGCUCAGCGGUGAGGACUGUAGGAUUGAGUAAUUGGAUGGACAAACUGCUCUAUUUAAAAACUGACCAAGGACGAUGGAAAAUAAUGUUACCUUUAUAAAGCUCAACUUGCAAGUUUGAUCCAUUUGAGCUCAUGUUUGUGUGCGUUUGAUGUAAGACAACUAUAAUUGCUGUAAUCUCCAGGCGAGAUUAGUGCAAGAUGUGGAAACAAAUCUAUUGGGAAAUGUUAGCAAUUUUGGCUACAGAGAUAUUUACUGUUGGAGAGAACUAAACUUAAACAUAAAUGAGAGACAUUGCCCAAGGUGGAGGGUCAGCAGAUUAAUGAUAGGGUGAAUGUCCUAAAAAGCUGGAAAACUUAAUGGGAAAUAGAGGGUAUCAAUGGCGAUUCCCUAAUUUGGAUAUUUUGGUUAUUUAGAUAUUUGUGUUUUUUUGUUUUUUUGUUUUUUUAAGUAAUUUUGUCCCUCUUCUCCCAUUUGUAAAGACCCUGCUUUCAUGUCUUAUACAAAGUGCCAAAACAUUUUAUGUAUAUUAGUCAUGCAGGACUGUUGUAAGUGCCAAUCCUCACUAAGAGGUCCAGUAACUGUGCGUGACUGGAACGUCUGCACACAGAUGGAGGAGUUGUGACAUAGUCAAGUCUAUUGUUACAGUAUCAGUUUAUUACAGAGUUUGUUUAAUUUGUAAAGUAUGAAUUAUAAAUGAGGGUCAAACAGAAAGCACUCAAUUAUGAAUUCAAAGAAUUCCAACUAUGUGUGCGUGAAUGAUUGGAUUUGACCAAACCAGCAGUGUAUUUUAGAAUAGAUUUAUUAUUUGGGGCAGGCCAUGGUUUCAACUUUGUGGAGAACAGUCAUAUGGGCUGGAUUGAGAGUCAAAAACUCUAAAAAAGAGCUUUUUCUGGAGCGUAUAUUUUUAAUCCAAAGUUUCAGAGAUUUGCAAAUGAAUUUGCCAAAUGAAAUACCAAUUGUUAAACUGCAAAGCAUUUCAGAACUGUAUGAAUAUACUGCACUUUGUCUAAAUUGGCUUUUCAGAAAGUUCUUCAUGAAAACUAUGGAUUUGUUCAUAAAACUGGAUUACUACUAUCCAAACUAUCCAACUAUCCAAAUAACCUUUAAGUUCAAAUAGGUUGAUGCUACUGUUAAAGGAUUACCUUCAGCAUAUAUUUGCAGCAGACAUUUUGUUGAAAUUGUGUGGAGUGCUUCCCGGCUAACAAUCAGUUUUGCAGUUGACCAACAGCUGUUCAUAGUGCAUGUUUUCCAUCACAGCAGUAAAAAGUCAUUCAGACAGUACAGUGAACAUCAACUAAUAUUUGACUCACAUGCCUAUCUGUCUUCUAUUUCAUCCCAUUAUGCUAGUUUAAUUUCCAUUGUAUGUACGUAUUCAUUGUCCUGUCAUGCUCAGUGUUUCCUUUUUUGCCAGAUUAAUUUAUUAUUUUGUAUUCAUUUGCAUUCCAGAUAAGAUUCUCAGGAAGGAAAAUUGUUUUAUUACCUUGAUCAUUUGUAUCUUUGGUUUCUGACAGCUAUGAAGCUAUUCCUGGCAUUUAAAGGGGGGAACAUGUCCAAAAUAAAAUUAUAUCAACAGCUGAAAACUGAACUGGUUAACAACAACUAAUGCAGUCCAUCAUUUUACAGUCUUUAAAAUAA